CUCUCUCUCUCUCUCUGUGUCUGUCUCUCACACACGGUUCACUGUCUUUUUUCUCACACAGACUGGGUGUGUGCCCGUUGGAUGGAUGGGCGCUUGACGCCGCGCGCACAACCCUUGAACAGAUAGACUCCCAAGCUAUUUGGCGGCUUGGGUGUCCAUGCCCAUAUCGUCCUGCUCGUUGUUCAAGUUUCAUUUGAACGAAUGCAUUUCUGUUGAUCGGUCGACGUUGAAAGACGUUGCGGACUCUUGCUGGGCUUGAUCCACCCGAGACUUCAAAAAAAAAAGCCUUGUUCCCCGCCUCGUCCAUCUCUCUCUCUCUCUCUCUCUCUCUAUCUUAUACCUCCCCCCACCCUUCUUCAAGCAUGCCUGCUUCAGAUGAACGGCUGGUGGCCUUGCAGGCCGACACAGCCGAGCUGGUGCGCGAGCUGGGCCUAGACGUCGAGGCCCCCGCGCCGCCCCUGAAGCAGGAGCGCCGCAAGCGCACCAAACCCUCGGCUGGUCUGAGCAAAGCUCAGCUGGCUGAAUGGCGUCGCGACAACAACCGCACGGCCGCCAAGGACCUUCGCGACCGUAAACGCCAAUUUGAAGAGGACGUCUCCCAUGUUGUCGAGCUGGCCGAAGCCGAAAACGCCAAACUCGCCGCCCGCGCCCAACAGCUUGAGCAUCACCAUGCCACGAUGCGUGCUCGCCUCGGUGCUUUUAUGCACACCUUCAAUCAAGUGACAAAGGCCAACAACAACAAUAGCAACCAAUCCAGCCCCACCUCCGUUUCCACUUCCGGUGGUGUCAGCCCGAGCAACUUUCGGGCCAACGUGGCCGCCCCGACCUCUUCGGCCACGCCAUCUCAAACAACCAGCCCGACCCCCGUCUCCCCGGCCGAGGCUGGCCCCAUCUCCGCCCCUGCGUGGCGGGCCUUGCCCGCCCUCGCACCGGCCCCUCAGGCGCCCGUUGCCGGCACUGGCAGCAGCGAGCCUGACCUGGCCUCGGCGGAUCGUACCAUUGUUGCGGCUCACAAGCCCGCCGUGCUUACUCUGCAGAAGGAGUUGCAGCAAUUGGUUUCGGUCCUGCUGGUCCUGGUCGGCUUGCUCGUCAGCAGCCCCGCGCGCCUUGCCAUGGCUUCCCUGCCCAACUCCCUCAUGAACUCCCUCAUGGCCCUGCCUCGUUACCGCUCAGCAAGCGCGUCAAGCGACUCCCAUCCCCACUCGCAAGCGACGGCCCGGCCUCGGCGGCGAGCCCUCCCCGCCCCCCUCUCGACGGCGCAGCAGGCAGCAACAACGUCAUUGUCGACACCAUCCUCGACUGCGAGUUUGACAACUUCGUCUCUGACCUCGAGCUGGACCUCGACGACGAUGACGACCUCGGCUUCGACGAUGACGUCAGCCAAACGGCCUCCCUCAGCCCGGACCUCGCCCUCAAACCUUGCAACACAGAUGGAUGGUCUGGAACCACCCUCAUCCCCGCCGCCUCGCCGCUCUCGUCGACUAGCAGCAGCAUCUGCAACGAACGACUCGACGAUGACCAACUCCAAGCCCUCCUCGACCUCGGCUGCCCCAGCUUCGUCAUCGAGCAAGACGCCCAAGGCGACGCAUGCUCCCAAGGCGGCCUCAGCGGCCUCGACCUUCCCUUGUUUUGAGGUGGACGGCGUGUCCUUGGAUGACAAGGACAAGGAUGUGAAGCGCCGCUUCGUACUUGCCGUCCUCGAGCGCCUGGCCAACGCCAUUCAUGCCAUUGACGAGGGGGAUGUGGAGCAUGUUUCUCAUGUUCGCCUUGGUCUCGAGUCCAUCUGUAGCUCGCUCGUUCACACCCCAAAUCUGGUGGCCUCUCAAGCCUAAGGACCUGCUGUUGCGAUCUUCCUGUUUCUCUCUGCUUGUCCAGACACCCUUUUGUUUCUUUUUCGUCGCAUUCUUUUUUUUAUAUCCAUGGCCUGUGUUUCGGGCCUUCGUCCGAGUGGACGUCUUUUCUGUGAAUAACCCAAAAUUGACUUGAUUGCCCGUGUGUAUCAAGGGAAUGGACAUUGCCGAGGCAAAAGUCAUUGUGAAUGCAUGCUCUCUUCAUGUUUUCUCCUGGGCUAUGCCUGGCCCUUGAUCUGCUAGCGCAAUUGAUCACGCAUUUCGAAGG